GUCCGUUCAAGAUUCUGCAGCUUCAACUUCAAGUUCCCUCUAGGCUCUCCCUUGAACAGGUUUGAAAUCUUUCUUUGGGCGUUCAGGGAUGGGCCUCUCCGCCCUUCUCGUGCGGGGCGCCGCCAGCCGGUUCGAGGCAGAAUGCAAGCAGAUCCUGGACACGGGGGAUGCUGAUGUGAAGUAUAACAUCGACGGGUGGACCGCCCUCCAAUGUGCUGCGUCUUCCGGCCAUUUAGGAGUUUGCAAAUUGCUCUUGGAGCAUGGGGCUCCAGUAAAUUGCAUAACAGCAAACGGAGGGACUGCACUUCUUCGGGCGGCUGCUUCGGGGCAUGCAAACAUUUGCAGCUUGCUUCUAGAGCAUGACGCGAACGGUGGGCACGGGAAACCGCUGCUCUGGCAGGCAGCCCUGUCGGGGCAUGCGGAGAUCUGCGAACUGUUGAUAGAUGGCGGAGCAGAUGUGAACCACGAGGAGGGCGGCCACACGGUUCUCAUGAUGGCAUGCUAUUCCGGCGACGAGAAGGUGUGCGGCGUGCUGUUGCAAAAGGGCGCGGAUGUCGACUUGGUGGCUGGCGGGUGGAGUGCGCUCAUGGUUGCGGCGAGGGGUGGUAAGGUCAAGAUCUGCGAAAUGCUUCUCGCGAACGGGGCAGAAGUGAAUCUUGCACUGCCGUGCAAGGGCAUGAUGGAUGGAGGAAGAUGUCGGGGGCAUGUGACCGCGCUUGGAUUCGCUGCGAGCAGAGGGGACCCUGUAACAUGUAAGGUGCUGCUCGAAGCUGGUGCAGAGGUAGACGAUGAGACGUUUGGAAGGACCGCACUCAUGCUGGCGGCAGCGUUGGGGCACACGGAAGUCUGCGCGGUCUUGUUGGAGCAUGGUGCAGAUGUGAAUGCUGUGCUCGGAGGGGCGACUGCACUCAUACACGCGGCGGAGGAAGACAAGGCCGAGAUGUGCGAGUGGCUUGUGAGGAAAGGGGCAGAUGUGGACCAGAUUGCGAAUGAAAGGACGGCGCUCAUGGAAGCCGUCCGAUGGGACAGGGCUAAGACAUGCGCGGUCUUGGUGAAAAGUGGGGCAGAUAUAGAUCUUGCGAUAAGUGAGGAAACAGCGCUCGAUUGGGCCGUACAAUGUGGAGCAGAAAACUGUUGCAAGGUCUUGAUGGACCAGGGGGCUUGCUACUCGCGGGUGAUGAUCUCCUCGUGUAACUCGGAAGAGCUUUGCGAAGAUGAGUCUAGCUUGAGAUGUCUAGAAAUGAUUGCGAUGCACGAUCGCUUUGAACCCGAGUCCGUGCCGUGCGGGCGGCUCUUGAGAAACAUGCUGAGACAACGACGGGAAUGGUUGGAUCUGCCUGGUCAAGUGCGCGAGCUCCUUGUGGGUGUGGCACUCAAUGCGAGGACAUAUGUAAGUGAGACCACAGAACCACCAGUAAAAAGGCAACGAACUUAGCUAGCAUCUAGAGGUCACGUCGAUUACAGUUGCCCCCCGCUUGAUCGAGUGCUCCCGUACUAGCUGGGCUCUACAUUGACCAUGCCAUUGCAUGGGACCUCGUAUCCUACAAUUGGAUUGCUUCUAUGAUGGAAUACUUAAUAAUAUGCGUAUCUGCAUG